AUGGUCAGGCUACGGACGGUAGCGAUCGCGGCUUUCGCGGGCCUGGUGUCAGGCCAGACAUUUCAGGGAUGCUAUAACUCGGCAGGAAGUAUGGUGUCGAACGGCACUUAUACGUGGCAGUCAAAAUCGCACUGUUCCACGGCGUGUUCGGCCCUGGGGUACAGCAUAAUUGCCACUCAUAAUGGAAACGAGUGUUAUUGCGGUAAUAGUUUACCGCCGUCAAGUGAUAAGGUCGACCAGAACCAGUGUAAUGUGGUCUGUACGGGCUAUGGCAACGAAAUGUGUGGUAGUGCAAGCACGUUUUCCGUUUAUUCAAUCGCCGAUACUACCAGUACAGACCCUGAUACCAGCAGUUCGUCCGCUGCUGGAUCCAGUGCUACUGGUGGCUCGUCAACCAGUCCAAGUGGCAGUUCAACUGCUUCGUCGGUUUCGUCUGCUUCUGCUAGUAAUCCUAGUGGUUCGGGCUCUUCAAGUACGAAAACAUCGUCUUCUGAUACCUCAUCAGCAUCAGGCUCAUCAACGUCGCCAUCGUUGUCUUCAUCACAAUCUUCACAAUCGUCAUCUUCACAGUCGUCUUCGGCCUCUUCGUCGUCUUCGUCUGCUUCUUCGGCAUCUGAUAGCAGUUCUUCUGGAAAGACUACUGCCUCUGCGAAUAAGAAUCAUGGAUCUAAGAUCUCGGGAGGUGCGAUUGCCGGCAUUGUAAUUGGAGUAGUGGCUGCUCUGGCUAUUAUUGGCGCUACUCUUGUAUUCCUCAAGAAACGACGCUCGUCAUAUGACCAUUAUAGUCCAUCGACGUCUCCCGACCGGUUUAAAGAGCCAUUUGGAGUGCGACCACCAGAUCUGCCGUUUGGCGGACCUCCUCCACGCUACGGAAUGUCGUCGGACGAGGCACUAGCGGCUGGAGCCGGCCAUCAAAUCGACCAACGACUCAACCCCGUCAUGCUCGGUGAGCGACGCAUUUCCGUCGGCAGUCUGGCCGAUGCCAGAGACUACAGCCGCAAAAUCCUGCGAGUAGCUAACCCUGACGACGACGCCUAA